GAAGAUUGUGGAUAGAAUAGAUGACGACAAGGAUGGCUAUCUCACAACAGAGGAAUUAAAAACCUGGAUUAAACGGGUACAGAAGCGCUAUAUCUAUGAAAACAUGGCUAAAGUUUGGAAAGAUUAUGAUCUAAACAAGGACAAUAAAAUUGCCUGGGAAGAAUACAAACAAGCCACAUAUGGUUAUUAUCUAGCAAACCCAGAAGAAUUCCAAGAUGCAACCGAUCAGCACAGCUUUAAGAAAAUGCUGCCCAGAGAUGAGAGACGGUUCAAAACUGCAGAUCUAGAUGGUGAUUUAGCUGCCACUCAUGAAGAGUUCACUGCUUUCCUGCACCCAGAGGAGUUUGAGCAUAUGAAAAACAUCGUUGUCUUAGAAACCUUAGAAGACAUAGACAAAAAUGGGGAUGGUUUUGUGGAUCAAGAUGAGUACAUUGCGGAUAUGUUUGCAAAUGAAGAGGGUGGACCAGAGCCUGACUGGGUGGUUACAGAGCGUGAACAGUUUUCAGAUUUUCGUGACCUCAACAAGGAUGGAAAGAUGGACAAAGAGGAGAUUCAGCACUGGAUUCUCCCACAAGACUACGAUCAUGCACUAGCUGAAGCCAGGCACUUAGUCUACGAGUCGGACAUAGACAAGGAUCAAAAACUAACGAAAGAGGAGGUUCUAGACAACUGGAAUAUGUUCGUAGGAAGUCAAGCUACUAAUUAUGGGGAGGACCUCACAAGAAACCAUGAUGAGCUAUGA